UCUCCAUGCGUAAUCGCAAUCCUGGCGAGUCCCUACCGAGGCGCUUUAUUCGACUACAGCGUGCCAGGCGAUGCCGGAGACGACCACAAUGUCCCGACAUCGAACGUCGAACAUUCAAAUGCGCUACAUCCCCACACCGGGCUGCCUUCAGAGUACCAGCACACUUUUUUGCACCCACACCCGUCUCAUGGACUCCAACAUGCCGGCGCUGCCACUCAUUCAGCCUACACAGAUAUCGAAACACAUCCGUCGCUGCAUCAACCUCACCUUCUACGCCACCACCAGAUGUCACAGCAGCCACCAAGCUCCUACAAUGUGGGCUACCCUCCGACUUAUCAAACCUCCGGACGCAAGCGCAGUCAUCAGGAGCACCAUCUGCAGCAGGAUGUUCCUUCCUUAGAACAGCAUUUGCACCCGUACGGGCAAGUAACAGGAAGCGUCUCACUUUCGCAACAGGAUUACUCGCUCCAUCAAUAUCCACCUCCACAUGCUCCGCAACAGCAGCAUGUAUUACCUCCAACACAUCAUCACCAUCUCCCCAAUACUCACCGCAGCAAGAGACAGCAGAUGGAGGGCGCGCCGUCUUCCCCCACUCCUCACCAUGGACCCCCCAGCGUUGUCGGCGCACAGGGCAUGCCUCCCCCCGCGCCACGGCCUCGCGGCCCGAAACUAAAGUUCACGCCCGAAGACGACCAGCUACUAGUCGACUUGAAGGAGAAAAAAAACUUGACGUGGAAGCAAAUCGCGGACUUUUUCCCAGGUCGCAGUUCUGGAACCCUGCAAGUGCGAUACUGCACGAAGCUUAAGGCCAAGACAACAGUCUGGACUGAUGAGAUGGUUACAAAACUGCGCACCUCGAUGCAAGAGUACGAAAACGACAAAUGGCGCAUCAUCUCAUCAAAAGUUGGCGCUGGCUUCUCGCCAGUUGCAUGCAAAGACAAGGCGGAAGAGUUGAAAGCAAUCGAAAUAGAACAGGAGGAGGAUCGCGAACAGGAGCAGAGCGUGUAUGUUCAGAGCGAGAUGCCCGGAGGCCAUGGCGAUCCGAGCGCUACCAGCUACCAAUGA